AAAUAGGUAACUAUGACGUCGGAAUUACCGUCAAAUAGUGUAGUAGAUAAAUUAUCAAGACAACUAUUUAGUGAGAUCAAACCGAUUUGUAUAGAAAUCUCCCAAGUAGCAUUAUUACCUAAUUCAGUAUUUGAAUCACAGACAUUUAGAUUAAUUGAUUUAUUAAUAUCACUUAAUAAAAGUUUACGAAAUAACCAUGAAGUUUUCAUAAUACCGAAUAAUCUAGCCGAUUAUAUAUUUUUCCCUAUUUCAAAUAUUUUGAAACAAACACAAUUGAAUGAUAGAAUUAUAAUACAAGUAUUAAAUAUAAUAUCAUUCUUACUUGAUAAAGCCUGGAAAUUUAAUUUUCAACCAAUGUUAAUAGAUCAAUUAUAUCCUGUUAUAUUAUAUUUAAGUGGAAUUAAUAAUAAUAAUACCAAUGGUAAUGCAACUCAUUCAGGUUUAGAUUUAGAAUCUAAAUCAUUUGAUUUUAAAAGAUCUAUUAUUGAUUGUAUUACAUCAUUAAUAUAUUGUAUACCAAAUACAUAUUUCUCAGAAUCAGAAAAUUCUAAGAGACUCCUGUUAUUGGGAAAUACUAUAACAAUAUCUUUAGAUAUUAUGUUAUUUGAAAUUAAUCAUUCAUCUCAAGAAGAUUUAAUAUUAGUAAUAGAUAUAAUGAAAAUUAUAUCUGAAUUAGUAAGAUAUAAAAUUUCAUCAGAUCAAGCUUGUCAAGUAUUCCCUGGUCUUAUAUCGAAAACAGUUAAUUUCUUUACAUUAUCUAAAAAUUUACAUUUUACAGUACUAGCAGAAUUAUUUCAAUUAUUAAAAGAAUUAAUUAUUAAAACUUUUAAUGAUAAAGAUUUAGGAUCUCAGUUGGUUAAGACGACUAUAUCUAAUUUAGAAAGUUUAAAGCAAGAACAAGAACAAGAACAAAAAGAUCAAUUAACUAUUGUGGUGAAUGACUCAAAUCCAUUUAGAUCUACUUCAUGGAGAAAUGCCACUGCUAAACAAUUACAAUUAUCAUUAGCAACUCUUUUCAAAAGUUUAUUUGGAUCUUCAUCUAAUAAAUUGAAAUUUCAAACUAAACCUCAACUAGUUUUAUCAUUAAAAGAUUUCACUUUACAAGUACUUCUGAAUUGUUAUAUAUCUUUAUUUGAUAUAUUUUUAUCAUUAUCUAUAGAUAUUUAUGCAUGGUUAGCUGGUAUUGAAGAUGAAUCAUUAAAUUUAAAUUUCGAAUUAUAUGCUAUUGAUUUAGCAACUGUAUGCUUACAAGAUACUAAUUCAUCUAAUUCUACCACUAUCACAUUUAAUCAAGUGCAUAAUAAAUUAUCAGAUUUAAUCAAUUCUAAAAUGAAUAUACUCUUAUUAUCAUCGGAUGAAUCAAAAAUUAGUAAUUAUUUAAUAUCUUUGAAAUUACAUUUGGCUUUAUUUUAUGAAAUUUCAAAGAAAUUACAUCCUGACUUUAAUCAAUAUAGAUCUAUGCAAUUAAAAGUUUUAAAAUUAUUGGUUGAUACUAUUGUGGAUAAGAAUAAAUCAUUAGAUAAUAAAAAACUGAAUAUGAUUGCACCUUCAGAUAAUCGUUUAAAUAAAAUUGAAUUACCACCUCAUAUUAAUACCAAUAGUUUAACUACUUUUAAUGAUUCAACAACAGUUCAAGCAAGAGGAUCAGCUUAUGCUUCAGAUAUGCAAAUUAUAUCUUCUCAAUGGAAUGAUCAAUCUUUAUUUCUUUUAAAAGAACCAAUAAAGUACUUUAAAGAUAUUUAUUCCAAAACAAUUGAAGAUACUAUUAUUGAUUUAAUUAAAAGUUUUGCAUAUUAUAAUAGUAAAAUUGAAAAGUUUAGUCAUUUGGAAUUUAUUGAACAAGUUUUAGCUCAAGUAUCUUAUACUGAUACUUAUGAAAGUGGAAUUAAUUUAUGGAUUUCCAAUAAUUAUGUUGAUAGUUUAUCAGUUCAUGUAAAACAUAAUAAUAUUGCUAAUAAUCUUGAAGAAUAUUUAGUGAUUUCUGAUGAUGAAGUAGAAGAAAAUAAUGAAAAUGAAAAUGAAAAUGAAUCAUUAGAUGAAAUAGAAGAAUUAUCUUAUUUGGUAAUGAGUAAAUCACAAGAUUUAUUAAAUAACUUUACUAGUGAAGAUCUUAUGACAUAUAAUAUUAAUGAAGGAAAUCAAAUUCAAACCACUUAUUCAAUGGCACUUGAUUCAAUUGGAAUUUUAUCCAAUUCUUUAGAUUUAAUAUCAUUUCGAACUGAUUUCUUAAUUGAUUAUUUAUAUCCUAUAUUAGAAGCAUUAACAUUUCAAUCAAGUCCAUUAAUUCAAUCUCAUGCAGCAUCAACCAUUAAUAAAAUACUUGAAAAUUAUUAUAAUAAUUCAUUUGAACAACUUAUAUUAGAUAAUCAAGAUUAUUUAGUUGAUAGUAUAAGUUUAAGAUUAAGAGUUUCAAAUAAUUUAUCUCCAACUUUACCAGGAAUUUUACUUAUUAUAAUUAAAGUUACAGGUUUAAAACUUUUAGAAUCUAAUCAACUUUCUGAUGUAUUAACAGAAAUGUUUGUAAUUAUUGAUACUUAUCAUGGAUAUGCAUUAUUAGUUCAAGGAUUCUUUAUUAUUUUUGAAGCUUUGGUUAAACAAAUUAUUGUAAAAUAUAUUAAAUCUGAAGAUUUACAAACAAAACCUCCUUCAACAUAUAAACCAUGGGGUAUUGAUUCAAUUGAUGAAUUAAUUGAAAUGUUUUCGACAAGUCAACAGAAUGAUGAUUCAACCAAGUACGAUUCACAAACCGAAUAUUUUCAUAGGAAACCUGAUGUUCCAUUUGGAGAUCAGACUCAAGAUUCAGAUGAUGAACUAGAUAGUGAUAAUGAAGAACAAGAACAACAACAACAACAACAAGAAGUUGAGCAAGUAUGGAAAUCACCAGUACCUCAAAAUAUUUAUUUCCUAGCUCAAAGAAUCUUCAAGUAUGGUAUGCUUUUACUUACGCAUCAAUCAAGUAAUUUAAAAGUUCAAGUUAUUAAGACUAUGAGAUUAGUAUUCCCAAUUUUAGUUACUGAUUAUAAUUUAACUCUUCCAUUAAUUGCAGAAUUAUGGGGACAAGUUAUAACCCUUAUUAGUGGUUCAUCAAGUUUAUCAAUGUUUAAUAAUUCUGAAAUUACACCAAAUAUGGAAAAAUUGAUAUCACCAGCACUUGAAUUUGCCAUUGAAAUACUUAAUGAAGAUUAUAAGAAUGGAGAUUCAUUCUUAUCUAAACGAUUUAUUGAAGCUUGGGAAUUCUUACUUGCUAAGAGUAAUGGAUUUUCUUUAAGGAGAAAUCAAGAUUCCUCUAAAGAUGUUAAAGAUUUAGUAUUACUUAAACGUACUAUAAGUCCAAAACUUAGUAAUUUAUACAGUAAAUUUUUAUUGACAGGGAUUAGAAAUUAUGAAAGGUUAAUACCUGAAGGUAUAAAAUAUAAUAUUAUUAAUACUUGUAGAGUAUUAGGUAUUCCAAAGGAUAUGGAAUUAAGUAGAGAUUCUAAAAAUAUAUUAUGGGUAUUAAAUAGAAGUUAAUUAGGGUAUAUUACAAUUGU